AUGGCAUGCACCAUGGUGGCUCUGUGCUGGAAGCUGUCUCUCUGCUUUCUUUGCUAUCGAGUUGUCUCAGGAAGAGUGAAGAGGGAGGGGCAUUAUGUUGCUGCCGUGUACGAACACGAGUCCAUACUGAGUCCGAACCCGACAGCCCUGGUUGAUCGACAGACUGCGCUGGAGCUCAUGGGCAGAAACCUAGAGAUCUAUGAGCAGCAAGUCGUGGCUGCUGCCAGACAGGGAGCACAGAUCAUUGUUUUUCCCGAAGAUGGAAUCCAUGGCUUCAACUUCACCAGAAGCUCCAUUUAUCCUUACUUGGAUUUUGUUCUGCACUCACACUCUGUGAAGUGGAAUCCAUGCAGAGAGCCGUAUUUGUUCAAUGACACAGAGGUUCUUCAGCGUCUGAGCUGCAUGGCACUGAAGAACAAAAUAUUCCUUGUGGCAAACUUGGGAACUAAGCAGCCCUGUGAGCACGCUGAUCCUCGCUGUCCACCUGAUGGAAGAUACCAGUUCAACACCAACGUGGCAUUCGGUGAUGACGGCAUGCUGGUAGCAACGUAUCGCAAACACAACCUCUAUUUUGAAUACGCUUUUGAUACCCCUCCAGAGCCUGACUACAAACUCUUUGAUACGCCUUUUGCUGGCAAGUUUGGUAUGUUCACUUGCUUCGAUAUCCUCUUCUUUGAGCCUGCAGUGAAUCUCAUCAGAAAAUACAAUUUGAAACAAGUUGUAUAUCCAACUGCCUGGAUGAACCAGCUCCCGCUCCUGUCUGCUGUAGAAUUUCAACAAGCUUUUGCCACAGCUUUCAAUGUCAAUAUUUUAGCAGCUAAUAUCCACCACCCUUCCUUGGGCAUGACAGGGAGUGGCAUAUACACUCCAGUCAAAUCAUUCAUCUACCACAACAUGGAAAGUUAUGGUGGCAAGCUCAUAGUAGCAGAAAUUCCUGUGAUUACCCCAGAUUACAAAACCAGUUUGGAGGGCAAUGAAAGAUUUAGAGAGAACUCACAUCACUCAUGCAAGACUUUUAAAAGUGCCUCAGUGAACGAUCAGGUUUGUUUUAAGGAGGGACAAGAGACACCUGGCAGAGGAUCAGAAAAAGGAAAUGAACAGUUACCUCCCCUGUUUUAUGCAGAAAUGAUGUAUGACAACUUUACUUUUGUUCCUGUAUGGGGGGAAGAAGGAGAGCUCCAGGUCUGUGCCAAUACCCUUUGUUGUUACUUGAAUUAUCAGAGAGCGGAGCUGACCAAUGAAUUCUACGCUCUGGGAGUUUUUGAUGGGCUCCAUACAGUCCAUGGCACAUACUAUGUCCAGGCCUGUGCGUUAGUGAAGUGUGGUGGUCUCAGCUUUAGCACUUGUGGAGAGGAGGUUACAGAUGCCACUGCUGUGAUAGAUUUCCAGCUAUGGGGAAAUAUGAGUACUCCUUACAUCUUUCCUUUACUCCUGACAUCUGGUAUUACCUUGGACUUUGCUGAUCACAUGGGCUGGAAAAAUAACCACUAUUUCAUAAGCAAAAAUAGAACAUCAUCUGGCCUACUGACAGCUGCUCUAUACGGACGAUGGUAUGAAAAGGACUAGCACAGAUAUUUGGCUGAAUCACAAAACAGCUGCCCGUAUGUUCAGACCAUAUAUCUUAACAUAAGUUGUUGAACACCUGCACUUCCUAGAGCUUCAGGUAUGUUUGUGACAGGAGUGACUGAUGAGAUU